AUGUCAGACAGAGAAGCUUUAAAAUUAUUCUCAAGACAAGCUGUUUCACAAGAUAUGAUCAACUUUUUAGUUGCCACUACAAAUUCAAUAAUACAAGUUAAACCAAGAUCAAUCGAAAGGGCAGGUAAUUAUAAUUCCAAUACAUCAACUACUAAAAUUUUAUCAAUAAAUCCAACUAUAUCAUUAACGCAAUUUAUAAAGAAUUUGAUUAAAUAUUCUAAUGUUCAAACUCCUACUUUAAUGGCUACUUUAAUUUAUCUUAAUAAAUUGAGAAAUUUAUUACCUGCUAAUGCCGUUGGUAUGGAAACAACAAGACAUCGUAUAUUUUUGUCUGCAUUGAUAGUCGCAGCUAAAUCAUUAAAUGAUUCAAGUCCAUUGAAUAAACAUUGGACUAAAUAUACUGAUGGUUUAUUAAGUUUGCAAGAAAUUAAUUUAGCUGAAACAGAGUUGAUCAACUUGUUAAAUUGGAAUAUCACAAUCAAGGAGCAAGACUUGAUAUUGACAUUACAACCAUUCUUGAUUGGUAUAAAGACUAACUUGUUACAAAAACAAGAACUCGAUUCACUUACAAGAAUCAAUUAUUACAAAUUAUCAUCAAAGAAAUCAUUUUCAACUUAUUCAUUAGCUGGUUCAUCUUCAUACCAAUCUAUAAAUUCAAAUUUAUCGUUAAGUCAAUCCAUAUCGUCAAACUCAUUAUAUGAUGAAGAUCCACCAAAAUCAGCAUCUUCAACUUCUAUAAGUAAAAGAAUUCCAUUAUCAAAUAAAUCAAAUAUAUCUUCAGUUGAACCAAUAAAGAAGAAAAAAUCAAUGAUGAAUUUACUCAGUUCAUCAACUAGAAUACUAGCUUAA